AUGAGCCUGUCUAUUCGACAGCGCAGAUCGGUGCAGGCCCCUGCCCUGUUGACGAAGGCGACGCCACCUCGCGACCCCCGAAACGCCGAUGGCGCUUUCAAGUACACAGUACACGUUUGCAGGCUCUGGGAGUCCGACUUCUCAAAGAGGAAGAUCAUUUCCGGGGUGCUCAAGGAGAAAGAGCUUGGGGCAAAGCGACUAUGCUCGAUGCCAGACCGGUUCACCAACACCAUCAACAUCGCGUCAGGAGGCCCGGUGUUCAGACCGACUGUGAUUAACCACAGCACGAAUGUGCUCAGUUCGGUGGCUGCGUGGUGGCCGCAAUGGGUGGACUUCAUGUUCAAGGGGUCGCUAGAGAUGCGCACCGGCAACAACGGGAGCACGAAGAGGAUACGACCUUGCGAGAUGCUCAGCACCAUUAAGAAGGCCAAGUACCCUGCGAUCACGGAAGAGGAGGAGGCCAUAUCCGUCCCUCUUCAAUGCCUAUGCUUGGCAAUCUUCGAUGCGAUCCUCGUCCACAUGAUGCAGGUGUUGUCUCCGGAUGGCCACUGGCUACGGAUAAAGGAAUCGAUUUGCAAUGCAACCUUCCGCAAGAAGAGUGCCAUCACCACCAGGAUACUUCAAAGCUACAGUGGAUGCGCAGUGAUCUGUUUGCAGGAAGCUUCUGAAGCUUACUUGCAGAGCCUUCGGCAGAGCAGCCUUGCGAAGACACAUCACAUCGUGAUUCCGGAGAAGGUGGACGGGCAAAGGGAUCAGAAUUCGGCAUUGCUGCUUAGUCGGAUAGCUUUCCCCUUGGGCUCCGAGAAGGAGAUCACGGAUGACGUUGUCGCCGCGGUUGCAGGAAGCAAACUGGAGGUCGGAGAUCUCAUCGCUGUGCGAGCGACGCACAGCUCGGGACGACGCCUUGUUGUCGCAUCCUUCCACGGAGACACAAAUGGUCAGGCAACGGCGCCGGUGAUUAAGGCACUGCAACGAGCCCUGUCGGGCGACGCGCUGCUUUUUGGCUUGGAUGCAAACACGUACCUCAAGGGCAGCACCUCGCUCUACGGCGUGCAGGACUUUCUCCAAGAGUGCCGAGGAGUUGGUUUCCAGGUCUGCUGGCCGGAGGAUAUGGAGAUGUCCAAAUGCCUUACCACGUGCAAUGCGCGGACGUUCCUCCAGCCGCAGCUGAACAAGGCCUGUCCCAGCGCAAAGAAGCUGGAGAUGGGUGACGUCAACCCAAAGGACCACAUCGUUUUCAGUCGCGAGGCAUUCGAGUCCGUCCGAGUGAUCAAGGACAAGAUCCUCAUGUCGCAGAGCAUCACCUGUCAGCUGCCAAGUCCGGAACUUCUCGAAACUCUUCCCAGCAUCGUGCCCGAAAGUGCUUUCACGGGGUACCGCGUCGGGGCACUAGGACGCUGUAUCUCUGGAAAUUUACUGUGCGAUGAGGCGCUCUACAACGAAGUCUUGGCGUAUAGCAAUAGCUAUUGGUGUGAGAUACUCGCAAUCCCCACGUGGUCUGGCAGCAGCUCUGGCAAAGGCUUCGACUGCUGGGGCAUUCAUGAAACAGUUGUCGUGCUUCAAACGUUCGAAGGUUUGAACUCCAAAAAGCGACCGCAUGACGUGCGCAUGGGACCAGGCGCAAAGGAUUUGCGACCGAAGUAUGCCCGCGUGGAGGGUGAGGUCGAGACUCUGUGGCAGCGCCCUACCACAGAACCGAAAGGCAUCUUCUUCAUCGCCCACGGUUGCCAACACCAGGCAACUGAUGUGUUUGACGAGGUGGCAGAAGACGGUUGGAAGUUUGAAAGCUGUGCGACCUCCAACUAUGGCAAAUGCCUCGGUCUGCCAGAGGAGGGGAUCCUGCGCCGCUAUGCCCUCAACAGGGGCUACGUAGUCAUGGCCGUCUCCGGUGGAAGCGGCGUGCGCAGCUGCUGGUACGGCCAGAGAGACGUCGCCAAGGUGGGUGCCGCCGUUCGUCACAUCAGGAAGGUCGAGAAGCUCUCAGAGGAUCUUCCUUUGCUGGCACUUGGUGCUUCCUCGGGUGGGGCAUUCGUGGGCUUGCUGCCUGGCGCAGAUGCGUCGGUUGGACUCGGGAAGUUGCAGUGCAUCGUCCCGGAGAUCAUGGAUGUUGACAGCAGCAUCAACGAUAGAGUUCCGACUCUGUUCGUUCACAUGCCAAGGGAUGAGCGCACUGCAUCCUUUGUGGCGGACAGUAUCGCUGACCUCACUUCUCGGGGAGUUCGUGUGAAAGAGCUGCGCGUCGAGCCUCGUCCACUUACGCCUGCGUUCCUCCAGAGUUGCCUUGCGGAGACGGAUGCGACAAAGCUGGUGAAAGCCCUGCAGGAUCACUCCGUCUUGGAUUCCAAGGGAUUCCUGCUGUCCGAUGCCAGGGGUCGAGAGUGGGUGCCUGCAGCCAUGGACGCGCUGCCCAAUAGCCUCGACUCCUUCAAGCCAGACGCAUCCUGCCUUGCCGAACUGAUGAAUGUCGCUUGGGCAAAGCAUGAGUUCUCCGCCCAGUAUGCAAAGGAGAUCUUCGACUUCUGCGAGGGCAAGGGUGCUCAAAGGCAAGAUGCCCCUGCGGACGAAGGCAGCUGGAAGACUCGUUUCGGGAAGAUGGAGGUCUUCGAGUUCGGUGCUGCUUCGCACCCACUGGCCAUUGCACUUCCGGGUGCAAAUCCAAGCCUGAUCCGCGAGUUUGACCCGAUCGCUACACGCUUGGCCAAGGAAGGCUACCACGUACUCCUGCCCCACGUGCACGAGAAUCAAAAGACGAGGCCCGGAAAGAUUUCGGAGAAGGAUUUGGAGGGCCUGCUGCAAGAUUUGCUCCGGACGAGUGGCCGUGAAGAGAUUGCCGUGCUGCUGGGCAAGUCCUGGGGAGGUGGUAUGGCCUCAUCUCUGGCCCGCAGCGAUGUGCUGAAGGUUCAGAAGCUGGUCCUCGUCGCUCCUGCACACGCGGAGCCCUCGUCCUGGCCUGCCUCCCUCCCGGUCGCUGUGUUCUGGGCGGAAGAUGAUGCUGUGGUCCCGCUGCCAACCUCACAUAGUCUCCGCACGCGAGUACAACUAUUUCACACCGAGCCCACAGGUGGGCAUCGGGUGCUCUCCAGCUAUGUAGAGCCCAUCGCCAACUUCGUUCGCACAUCUGCGGCUACCGAGGUGGAUGCCAAAGGCGUGCCAAAGAAAUCAGGGAAAGUUGACACUGCCAGAGAAUCCCGUGCGGAGAAGAUUCUGGCCCUGAUCGCCGCCUUUGUAACCAUGGGCGCCUGCUUGGUCUUCGUGCAACGGCGAAAAACUGUGGCACAGAUCAAGCGUAGCCGACCGCAGAAGAUUGGAGGAGCCCUGGAGUAG